AUGUCGUUUGGUAUAUUUGUGGGCAUAAACAAUCAUGGGAAAACAAUAAUGUUCGGAUGUGCACUACUUCGAAAUGAGACGAGGGAGACUUUCCGAUGGUUGAUGAAGAAAUUUGUAUCUAUAAUGGGUAAACCUCCCAUUACAAUUUUAACUGACCAGGAUCCAUGGUUGACAGAAGCUAUUGGACUAGAGUUACCUAGUACAAAACACAGUUUUUGUAUUUGGCAUAUCACAUCAAAGUUCAGUGGUUGGUUCUUGUUAGUCCUCCGUAGAAAAUAUUUUGAGUGGUUUAGCGAAUUUUAUAGGCUAUACAGGUUAGAGACGAUAGAAGAAUCUGAGCAUGAAUGGCCAAUAGCAAUUUCGAAGUACAAACUAAAUGACAACUCUCACAUCAAUGGGCUAUACGAUGUUAGGACAGUUUGGGUUCCAGCUUUUCUUCGAGAUUACUUCUUUGGUGGAAUGACAACCACCGGACGCUCGGAAAGCAUCAAUGCUUUUGUUAAGCGAUUUAUUAAUUCACACAUUACUCUACGCCAGUUUUUAGAACAGUUGGAUCUUGCUGUAGAAACAAUUAGACAGAAGGAGGCUCAUGAUUCAAUGUUGGAGAAACAUAAAUUUCCUAUACUCAAGAUAAUGUCACCUCUAGAAGGACAAUUCCAGAAGAUUCUAACACCAUAUGCUUAUGAGAUGUUUCGUGAAGAACUGGGAAGGGAAAGUCAGUAUGAAGUAUUUACACAUUUCAGCUUCGAAUACAUUUUGAGAUAUUAA